UGGGAGUCGGUGGGCGGGCCGGGGGUGUGGCCGGAGGCGCUGCGAGCGGCUUGUUGUGCGCGCUGCGGAGCCGUUACCUCCCGCUGCACAGGCCCCGCCGAGCCGGCCGCAGAUAUAUUAUAAAAUGUCCAAUGGUUAUGAAGAUCACAUGGCUGAAGAUUGCAGGGAUGACAUUGGUAGAACAAAUUUAAUUGUAAACUACCUCCCUCAGAACAUGACACAAGAUGAAUUACGGAGUCUGUUCAGCAGUAUUGGUGAAGUUGAAUCUGCAAAACUUAUCCGGGACAAAGUUGCAGGACACAGCUUAGGCUAUGGCUUUGUGAACUACGUUACUGCAAAAGAUGCUGAAAGAGCAAUAAACACACUGAAUGGCCUCAGACUUCAGUCAAAAACUAUCAAGGUUUCCUACGCUCGUCCAAGUUCAGAAGUAAUCAAAGAUGCUAACUUAUAUAUUAGUGGACUGCCAAGGUCAAUGACACAAAAAGAUGUAGAAGAUAUGUUUUCACGUUUUGGACGCAUCAUUAACUCACGUGUGCUUGUGGAUCAAACUACAGGUUUGUCCAGAGGGGUCGCAUUUAUCCGGUUUGACAAAAGGUCAGAAGCAGAAGAGGCAAUUACAAAUUUCAAUGGUCACAAACCCCCAGGUUCCUCCGAACCCAUUACAGUGAAGUUUGCAGCCAAUCCUAACCAGAACAAAAAUGUGGCACUGUUGUCGCAGCUGUGUCAUUCACCAGCUCGACGGUUUGGAGGGCCAGUGCAUCACCAGGCGCAAAGAUUCAGGUUCUCUCCUAUGGGUGUAGAUCACAUGAGUGGGCUUUCUGGUGUAAAUGUUCCAGGAAACGCAUCUUCUGGCUGGUGUAUCUUCAUCUACAACCUUGGUCAAGAUGCUGAUGAGGGAAUCCUCUGGCAGAUGUUUGGCCCCUUUGGUGCGGUUACCAAUGUGAAAGUUAUUCGAGAUUUCAACACCAACAAGUGCAAAGGUUUUGGUUUUGUGACCAUGACAAACUAUGAAGAAGCUGCAAUGGCCAUAGCAAGUCUUAAUGGCUACCGCCUGGGGGACAAAAUCUUGCAGGUUUCCUUCAAAACCAACAAGUCCCACAAAUAACUUGCUCGUGCUUUUUUUGUAUGAAAUAGAUAAUUGAGUGACAGAAGUUGAAACAUUUUUGUUAGUGUAAAACUCAUUUUGCGCCAAUUUUCACAAGUGUUUGUCUUAGUCUAAAUGAGAAGUGAAAAAGGUUUUAUAUUCUGGGAUGCAACUGACAUGUUCAAAUGUUUGAAAUCCCACAAUGUUAGACCAAUUUUAAGUUCCUUUAAGUUAUUUCAUUUAAAACAUGUUAAAAAUUCCCUGAAAUCUUAAGUAGUUUGCAUUAACUAGACCCUCUGGAUGGUGGUAAAAUUGAAGCAUGCUUUCACUUAUGAGACUAACAUUUGUUCCAUUGAGUGUUGUCUGCAAAAACUGGAAUUUUCUGAAAAAUAUCAGGCUGAAUUAAUUAAUUUUCUUGUUUUUUGUUGAUGUUUUUCCUACCCAUUCCCCUGAACUUCUCUACCCCAGACUUGGUAGUAUGGAAGAAAAGUUGAGAAAUACUAAUGUUUUAGUUGUCAGUAAAUUGUUUGAUCAAUUAAUAUUCAUUACUACGUAUAUAGUCGAGGAUUAGGCUUUUUCAAGUCAAGGUCUUGUAAGUAGUAGCAUGCCAGCGUAACUUUUAACACCAUUGAUGAGGUAAGUUGCACACUUGAGCAGUGGCCAAGCUGUCAAAUUCUAAGGUUUUAGAAACAUUAUUUUUAAAGCCCACUUUCUAAUAGGAAUGGACCAAAGAGUUUCAAAGAAACUCCGGGAAGAUUUCAGAGUCAAAAUGAAACUCCAAAAAGAGAGUGUGAAUAUAUGUUGCUACUUUAUCAAACUGAAUCUCUUCUGUUCAAAUAUUUAAUGCAUGGUGCACUACUUACUGGUACAUUAUAAUGCAGCAAGAUACUUAUUUUCAAAGAUCAUUAUAGUUUGGAUUCCUUUGGUAGUUCUGUUUUGUAAAGAAAAAACAGUUAUAAACAUUUGAGCAUUGUAUUUCUCGCAUCCCUUCUAAUGAGUGCUAGAUUUUUCUAUUUUAAUAGGAUUUUGUUUUGACAACUAGCUUUACUUAUUGAACACUCAGCAGAAAAGUACUUACUACUUGCAAGUUAGAUAUUAACAAAAAAAACCCCUUUGAUUUGUAGAUUUAAAGAUUAAUCCCCCAAGUUUUCUGCAGACUGCCUUGAAACUUUGAGUUGUUCUGUUUCUGUUAAUUUUCUUUUGCUUUUUUGUGUUUUUUGUUUGUUUUUACUUUUGCAUUUAAGAACAUUAAAUUUGAUUUUGUUUUGC